GACAGAAAGGGAGGUAGCACAAGAUCUAGAUGCUCUGCGCGUCAUCAUAUCAAAUCCUGCGAAACUAAAACAGCCGUGCGUGGAACAGCCGGUGGCAUCGCUGGCCGGCUCCACCCGACCCAACCUCUCAACUUCCUUUCUUAAUUCUUAUAUUACCUGCUUGUCAAAUCCGACAUCCCCGAGGAAAUAUUCAGCAAAGAAACCUUUCUUUUAUUUCUCCAUCAGAGUAAGACAUAUACACGUACACAGACACGCAAUUAGAUAGAGAUGGCGAUCCUUUACGCGGCGGUGGCGCGUGGGACGGUGGUUCUGGCGGAGUUCAGCGCGGUGACAGGGAACACUGGUGCUGUGAUUAGGCGGAUCCUCGAGAAGCUUCCUUCUGAGGCUGAUUCUAGGCUGUGCUUUUCGCAAGAUCGCUACAUAUUUCAUAUACUUAGAUCCGAUGGCCUCACUUUUCUAUGCAUGGCUAACGACACUUUCGGCAGGAGAAUUCCAUUUUCAUACUUGGAGGACAUUCAUAUGAGGUUCAUGAAAAACUAUGGUAGAGUGGCCCACUAUGCACCUGCUUAUGCAAUGAAUGAUGAGUUCUCGAGGGUCUUGCAUCAGCAAAUGGAAUUUUUCUCUAGUAAUCCAAAUGCUGAUACUUUGAAUCGUGUAAGGGGUGAAGUUGGCGAGCUCCGCACAAUCAUGGUAGAAAACAUUGAGAAGAUACUAGAGAGAGGUGACCGGAUUGAGCUUCUUGUUGACAAAACUGCAACAAUGCAAGACAGUUCAUUUCACUUCAGGAAGCAAUCUAAGCGCCUGAGAAGAGCGCUUUGGAUGAAAAAUGCCAAGCUUUUGGUCCUGUUGACAUGUGUGAUUGUGGUAUUGCUGUACAUAAUAAUUGCUGCUUGUUGUGGAGGCAUCACUCUACCUUCUUGCAGAUCUUGAUUGGUGCCUGCUAGAUUGAGUCUUCUGAGGUAUGCUAUAGUGAAUUAUGAAAUUCAUAUGUGGACUUUGUUAAACAAAGCUGGAGUGAGCUAUGAAAUUUUGAGGCUUCUGCGGAAUCUUUACCUCUAUAAGGUGCCAGAAAUGAUAUUGUAGUUUGUCAUGCUGUUGUUGCAUAUGCUACAAAGUUGAGAGGCUCAAAUCAAUAUGCCCCCUGUUUAUUAUCAUGAAUCAUCUGCGAAUACUGUAAAUCCCUCGAUGUUUAGUAUUGUGUUAUCAAGUGUGGAGGAACAUUUAUCAUUUAUAUGCUUUAUAACAUCAUCGUCUUCUGUUGAAUUAUAUGGUGUUAUCCUUCUGUCUGUAAAUUAAUGACUCAAAAUGCUCGCCUUUUGACAUUAAGACAUUAAUUUUAUCUUGUGUUCCCAUGUGCAAA